GUUCCUAGCCGACGGUAUUUUGAGGUAGGACUCGUGGAGAUUUGGUCGAUUCGCGCUUUAACUACAAUCAGUUCCAUACCUUUUCGGCUUUACCGUUGAAAAUACAAUGGCUGUUCCAGGUCCUAACAAGGACAACAUCAGAGCUGGGUGCAAGAAGUGUGGAUAUCCGGGUCACCUGACAUUUGAGUGCCGAAACUUUGUCAGAGUUGACCCCCAGAAAGACAUCGUUCUGGACGUAAGCAGCACCAGCAGUGAGGAGAGUGAGGACGACGUACCUACAUCUCAGCGCAAUGAGAAGCUUGGGCGAAGUGGCCAGCAUCAAAGAGGUUCCGAUGAUGAUGAUGAUGACAGAAAAGAGAAGUACAAAUGGAAGAAGAGCAGAGACAGAAAGUCAAGAAAGAGAUCCUGUUCAUCAUCGCAUGAUGAGGACACUACAAAGAAGAAAAAGAAACGCAACCGGUCCCACUCCUCAUCUGAUCAAGAGGAGAGGAAGAAGAAAAAGAAACUGAAAGGUCACAAGAAGAAAAGCAAAAAGAACAAAAAGGAGCAUGGGAAGCAUCACAAAAAGAGACAGAAGAAAAGAAAGCAUGAAUCAUCUUCUUCUUCUUCAGGCUCCAGUGAGUCAUCAGACAGUGACUGAGACAACUUGACUGUGCAGUGUCUGGAGGUCCAGAAUUCUUAAUUAAUUCUGCAGUCCAUGAGAAGUGUGUUUUACAGACACUGUGUAAAUAAGGCACGCUGUUUUGUACCAUAUGAAAGUUAAAAAAGAAUCCAACAUGCAGAGGGACUUGAAUACGUAAAUCAGUGCACAACAGCGCACAGAGUACACUAGACACUGCUGUACAGUUUCCACCAUCAUGCUAAUGAAAAAUCUGUUUUUGGUUCUUCUUUAGUUGAGGCAGCUUAGAAACACGUACAAAGCCAGGGAACAUGUUAUAUAGUUUCUUUGCUGCACUCCAGAGUUAACAUCAGUACAGACCCACUUUCAUUUCACAUUUGACAGUGUUUGUGCAGAAUAAUGUGUACAUUUUUUCAAGUCCAAUCAAGGAAUUUAGGAAAAAGUCUGGAUAUAUUCAGUAUAAAUAAUUGCUGUAAUAAGUCAAGCUGAUGUUCUAAGUUUCUGGAUGAUGUACUUUUGUUUUUGUGUCUCUCAUACACUUUGCUUUAAUCCCUCCCUCUCUUAAAUUCUACCAAAAACAUUUUAAAAGGUCAAACACGUAUGUAAGAUAUGAUCCCACUCUCCAAAAUCUGCAGUUGACUGGGGAUAAUGGCCAAGGAUCACAAUGACUAAUAGCUGUAGCUGACUUACUGGCAACUAUUAACAACAAUCAGCCCAUUAUUUCAGUUGAACUACUGACUGACAUCAGAUGACAAAAAAGAGGCUGUGUCUUCUUUUUGUAAGAUGUUAAGACUCUACUUUUACUCAGAUGGUUUUAUAGCACAGUGAAACUCCUGGCGAUUCCUGGUAAGACAAUGUGGCUGCUAGUGAUGUGAAUGAAUCUUGUCAUUUAACCAACCCCACCUUGUUGAAACUAUGACGUUUUAAGUGCUCAUUCCAAAACAUUUAUGAGUGGCAGUUUUGGGAACUGUCUUUAACUGAGCCUCUUAUACAGUUUGUUUAUUUCAUAUUCAUCAUUUGCCAUUGCUUCAGUCUGCCUGUUUUCAUUCUCCCCAGUGAGUGUUUUUUAUUUUAAUAAAUGUAUAUUUGUAUCAAA